AUGAGCAAGAAAGAAGACGUCAGGAAGGCAUUUGAAGAGAUCCAAUCUGGCGAAUGGCCUCCCGUGCGCGGAAUAUUCCAUGCAGCAGGAGUGACUGAUGACAAGGCUCUCGCCGAGCAAGACAAGGCGUCGAUUGAGAAGGUUUAUGCUCCAAAGGUUGUGGGGGCCUGGAACUUGCACGAGGUGUGCGAGGAACUGGAUUUGAACAAGGACCUCGAAAUCUUCUUGAUGUUUUCGUCAGUCGCUGCGCUUUUGGGAAACUUUGGCCAGGCGAACUAUGCAGCAGCCAACUCUUGCCU